AUGAUGUCUGGUUUCAGAGUUCUUAGCAUAUUGGUAUUGAUAUCAUACUAUUCUGCCUUUGUCACUGCCUUUCCCGAAAUUGGGCAUUGGGAAGUUAAUACUCCUGUGACAAUAAACAACUCACAACUAAUGAUCGAGAUAUCUUCUUAUUUUAAACCAGACUCUAUUUUUAAAAUGGAGAACCUGACUUUUUGUAACCCUGACCAACCAGUAGUAUUUGGAACAAAAAUUUCAAGAGCUGGCACCCAAAUGACUGUUCUAUAUGUGAACUGUCAAGAUCCAAAAAAUUGUGCAGGAAUGAUUGAUGUUCAUGUUACUACUGAUAUUAAAAGCAGUUAUGGUUACCUUUCGGCUAUUGAAUAUCCACUUCGAACUUUUUACGGAAUACUGUCUCUCAGUUAUGCUCUCUUGGGUGUUCUAUGGCUUUGCUUCACUGUCUGUCAUUGGAAAGAUCUUUUGAGGAUACAAUACUAUAUUUCCUUGAUGAUUUUCAUCGGCCUUGUUGAACAGAUAACCCUCUAUGGUCUCUACGAAGCUCUUAAUCGAACUGGUGUUACUCUUAAAAGUGCUUUGGCAUUCGCUAUUGUUGUUAGCUGUUUAAAGCGAACUUUGGCUCGUUUCCUCAUUCUUAUUGCCUGUGUUGGUUAUGGUAUCACCAAAUCUCGACUGGGUACCGCCUAUCGGCGUAUUAUCUGGAUCUGUGUGUUAUACCUUCUGUGUUGCUUAAUGGACAGUGGUCUUCGUGCUUUGCAUCCACGUUUCAAGCCCUCUUUAUGGAUUCCUCUUGUCGGUUUACCGAUGAUUACUGUUGACUUAGCGAUUCUCUGGUGGAGCUUUUCGUACCUUGUUUCAACUCUCCGUGAAACGAGAAUGCGAAGAAAUAAGGUCAAGCACCGUCUUUAUCGCAUUUUCUCAGCUCUUCUUAUUGGCGUAUCAGUAGUAUCGGUAGUAUGUAUGUGUGUGUCAAUCUUUCUGCUUCACUGGAAACCAUGUACUAAGGUGAGUUUUAACUUUUAUGACUGUCGCCAUCUCAAUAGGUGGGUUAAUUAA